AGGAGACACAGUUGUUUCGCUCGUUGCUUGCUCGACUUCAUUUAACUCCUUCAGCAACUUCACCUUCCGUGCUACUCCGCGACAUGACGAUGGCCUCUACUCCUGUUGAUCUGAGCGACUUUCAUCAUGAAUUUGGAGGCACUACUGAGCUCUCGAGCGUGGCCCUUGGCGGAUCCAUUGUGAACGUCUCUGACGAUUUCUUUGCCGCAGCGCAUCAUUUAAUCGUGGUUGAACCAGCGCCCAGCCUGAAAGGACAGUUCGGACCCAAUGGCGCUUUGUACAGUGGCUGGGAGAGCAGACGGCACAAUCCUACCUUUGACUGGUGCAUUCUCAAGCUUGGAACUUCUGGCACCAUCGUCGGGUUUGAUGUAGAUACGACUCACUUCAAUGGCAACGAGGCACCAGAGGUGUCCGUUGAUGCACUCCUCAGCACUUCUGGCGAGAAACCAGGGCACGAUAGUUCCGAAUGGUCGGAGAUCCUCCCGAGGGUUCCACUCGGUCCUUCAUCAAGACACCUUUUUAAAAUCCCGGAAACCACGCGAUACAACUACGUCAAACUUAAUAUGUACCCAGAUGGGGGGAUUGCGCGCUUUAGAGUGUAUGGCCACGUCGCAUCAGUCUAUCCCGAUGACCCCGAUGAAUCAUUUGACUUGGCACAUGUAUUUGCAGGAGGGCGUGUAGUGUUGACAUCUGACCAACAUUUUGGGGUGGGUAGCAAUUUGCUAUUGCCGGGACGGGGCAAGGACAUGGGGGACGGGUGGGAGACAAAACGAAGUCGCCAGAAAGGGCACAAGGACUGGGUUAUCAUCAAGCUAGGUGCUCCGGGGAUCCUCAGUACAACGGAAAUCGAUACCGCACAUUUCAAAGGCAAUUUCCCGGAAAGCUGCGAACUCCAAGCAUUAGAAAGCCAAGAGGAUGUUCCCAACGACGAUCAGGCGUGGGUGACUAUUCUGCCGAAAGCAAAACUCGGUCCGCAUCGGCGGCAUUUCUUCGAGCUGGAGAACGUCGCGGGCAAAGUCUACACCCAUGUAAAGGCAACGAUAUAUCCGGACGGAGGCAUCAAGAGGGUGCGUCUUAUAGGUGUGCGUGCUGAUGUCUCAAAAGGAGGCCGGAAAGACACAGCGACAAGCAUUGAAGGUACAGCCGAUAUUGUCAAGCCAGAGAAGCAAACACAGAACCACGAUGCGAGAAUCGUCCCGGUCCUUCCGCUGACACCAGAGGCGUUUGUGUCGUAUGGAGAAGUUAUCCAAGCAUACACCGACUUGACUGCUGCGCCGCGCGGAACAAGGAUCACUCCCGCAAAUCAAGGCACGGCGAAUAAAUUCCACAAGCUAGCCUUGAUGGAGUCGUCAUAUCCAAACAAAGACGCAACCCUGGGUUUGUCAGUAUAUAGAUGCCAGCCAGUGGAGGCUACUGUGGGAGGAUUUCUUGACGUGACAGUAUUAGAAAGACACCCGUACACGACCCAGGCGUUUGUACCGAUGGGGGGCGGUGGCCAAGAGGGCGAUGAAGUUUUGAAGGACCCUGGAAACACGUACCUGGUGGUCGUGGCGAAGAACGGAGCCGAUGAUAAGCCAGACGCGAGCACCUUGCGUGCAUUUAUGGCUAGCGGGGGACAGGGAAUCAUGUAUAAGGAGGGCCAAUGGCGUAAGUGACGUUUUGGCUUUGUGGAUAAUACUGUGGCUGACUAGGACUGUUCGACGCAGAUCAACCUAUGACUGUCUUGGGAAAGGUAAGCACUUCGGUCAACUAGUUGAUUCAUUUCUUCGUCUUACAUGAGUCGUAAAACAGUACAUGGACUUUACCUGCGUUGAGACACAAAUUGGAAACGGAGAUCCGUCGGAUUGCGAGAUUGUUGAGCUGAAGGAGGAUCAGGCAGUGAAGCUGAAGCUGCCGACUUACUGAGUUCAUCACUUGUACGAACCUAUUUAUCAAGAACAAUAUGGAAUAUCCAUCACGACGUACCCAUGAAUCCUAUCUCUUCCGUUAAGCUAGCUAUAUUCAAC